CCCCUCCCACCACCGCGCGCCCGCAACAAUGAAGGUCCUAACCCUCAACUUCCUCACCUGCGCCGUCAAGGCCUGCAAGUCCUCCUCAGCCUCCUUCCCGCUCCACCCCAAGGACGCCGAGCUCGUCUCCGAGGACCUGCCUACGAACGCGAAGUUGUUGGCUAACUUGCUGCCGCGUCUGGAUUGGGAUGCGCUGUCUACUAUUUCUGCUGAGCUCGGACUCCCCGCCCUCCCACCCACCGCUCCGGCGCCAGAGGACCUCGCUACCGAUGAGCAGCUGCUGAAGGACCUGCAUGUCUUGCUGAUGGAGACGCAGAUAAGCGCUGGAAAGCUGGUAUGCGCGAACUGCGAACACGAGUACGUUGUGAGGGAAGGGGUUGCGAAUUUCUUGCUUCCCGAUCACUUGGUCUAAGGGGUGAUGCGGAGACAGAGGGAUAUGAAGGAGAAUAAGGGCGGCGUUGGGCGUUGGGCGUUGGGCUGGGAUUUAGUGAAUGCAUGCAUAAAUAACUUGGGAGGAUGAUAGAGAAUGGGGUUGAUUGUAUGCCGAAUACCAGGAAAAAGCGUAUAGAUCGAAAAAUCACAUCAAACAUAUCAGAAACGAGCAAUCACAAGCACAAGCACAAGAACAAAG